AUGGCUUGCUCCGUGGCUGAAGGUAAGAGAGACUCUAGGAGGGCCAGCCCCACAAAUGAUCCAGAGAUGGAGAAAGACACGGAAGACCUGAAUAAGGGCCUGUGGAAAUUCUGUGGGAUCCCUGAAGAGGAGAAGAGUGAGAAGGCUAUGCUACAUACACGCAUAGAGGAACAGUAUCACCUUAUCUGCAUACUGAAGAGAAGAGCAGAUGACGCACACAAACGCUGCAAAGGCCUGGAGCAGCUCAACAUGAAGCUGGAAGAGCUGAGGACUGAGGAUGCUGUGAAACUGAAAGCCCAGACCCAACGGAUUCAGUGUUUGGAGGAGCGUUUCAUGGACCUGGCUGACAACCAUGAAAAAAUGAUCAGCUUCAAGGAUGAACAUAAGAAACAGAAUAUGCAACUGUGGGAGGAGAAUAAGCGUCUGAGGCAGGAGAAUGAAACUCUCUUCAGCCAGACCGUGAGGGAGAAAGAAGCUGAAGUGCUCCAGCUCGCUUUCCAAGCAAGAGAGCUCUCUCAGCAGUUAGAUUCCUUACAGGAGAAAUGUGCUUACGAGAGACACAGAGCCCAGGAGCGAGAAAAGGAGAUGCUAGAAGCUCAGACUCAACAAGCAAGCGCUUACGCCAGGGAAGUUGAUUCAUUAAAAAAACAGCUGCAAUGUCUUCAAGAGAAGCAUCAGCAAACUGUUGCACAGGUAGAGCAGGAAGAAAGUCAGCAGAGGGCUCAGGGCAGUGAGUUAGAGGCGAAGUUGGAAAGGGCAUAUCGGGAGAAGGAGGAACUCCUGAACCUAGCCCUGGAGAGGGGCAAAGCUCUGCAAGAGAAACAAAAGGAAAUUCAGCAGCUGAGGAAGAAGCUGGAGACUGCAGAGAAAGCUAGGCAGCUAGCAGAAGAGCGCUUUGUGAAAGAAGCAGCAGCAGCAAAUGGUGAUCUGAAGGUCCAAGAGCUCCAACAGCAGCUAGAAAGCAGCAAACAGGUAUAUGGCGAACUAUGGCUGCAGUUUGAUGCUUACAAAAAACACAGUCAGGACUUACUGACUAAAGAAAAAGAGCUGAAUGUCAAACUCCGUCAUUUUAUCGGGUAA